AUGGCUGAAGUCAAUUGGCAACAACUCAUCAACCAGAAGAGAGCAACAAGAGAGGCCCUCAUUCCUGAACAAUGGCUCUUACCAGCUACCAUCACGAGCAAAGUGACCCCACAGAGCACGGCCAGCGCAUUUGAGCUGCUCAGUGAAGCUGGGCUUCUCACUGAGCGGGAGAUAGACAUUACAGAGAAAUAUACUGCUGUCAGUCUAACAGCCAAGAUCGCCACGGGUGAGCUUUCGUCAUACGAUGUUGCCACGGCGUUCUGUAAGCGAGCAGCAAUCGUACAUCAAUUGACAAACUCUCUCACAGAGAUCUUCUUUGACAAGGCGCUUGAGCGUGCGCGAUGGCUUGAUGAAUACUUGUCAAAGGAAGGAAAAACAGUUGGACCCUUGCACGGUCUGCCUAUAACUUUGAAGGACAUGAUUCAUGUCAAGGGACAGUAUUCUACGAUGGGUUUCGUCGGUCAUCUCAGACAUCCACCUGCAGAUGAGAAUGCCGUGAUUACUGAUAUGCUCGAGGCUGCAGGCGCAGUAUUUUACUGUAAGACCAAUGUGCCCCAGACACUCUUUGUCUGCGAGAGUUUCAACAAUGUGUUUGGACGUACCUUGAACCCUUAUAAGCUGUGCCUCUCGCCCGGUGGCAGCAGUUCGGGCGAAGCAGCACAGCUAGGUCUCUGCGGAUCCAUCAUGGGUGUUGGAUCAGAUAUCGCUGGCUCAGUACGAGUUCCUGCGAUUUUCACGGGAGUAUACGGGUUCCGGCCUACAGUCAACCGUCUGCCGUGGUCAAAGCAGGCAGAACUCGCGUUGAAGGGAUGGCAGGGCGUCCAACCGACCCUUGGUCCGAUGGCGCGCACAGCACAGGAUCUUACCCUCUUCAUGAAGACUAUCAUUCAAGCUGAGCCUUGGCGCUACGAUUCCACAGCACUCGCUAUACCGUGGCACGAUGCACCUAGGAAGGACAAGCUGACUAUUGGUGUAUGGUCGCAAGAUCCUCAGUUUCCCGUCUUUCCGCCUAUUGCGAGGACCAUGGCCUCAGCAGUUGGUCGGCUCAGAGCUGCAGGCCAUACAAUCAAGAUCAUCGAGGCUCCGCCGACGAUGAAGGCAAUGAAAAUCGCCAUGCGUUGGUUCGCACUCGACCAAGUGAACCUACCGUUGAAGUUUGUCCAAGAUGGCGCCGAGAGCCCGAUAGCGGACUUGGAUGCCAUGGACCCAGGGAAAUUCUUAGACCCGGGGUAUGUCGCGGACUUGAGUGAGAAUAUAAGUAUCAGCGCCGAUAUCCAUGAUUAUCGAGAAGAAUGGGCCAAAAUCUGGCGCGAGGCGGGCAUUGACGUUUUGCUUUGCCCGGCCAGUCGUGGUUCGGCUGUUCCACACGGAGAGUUUGGUCCACUGAUGUACACGAUACCGUGGAAUUUACUCGAUUUUCCCAGCAGUGUCGUCCCGUUCGGUAAGGCCGACAAGACGCUUGACUCUAAAGACGGAUAUGAUUCGACUGUCGUUGAUGGCGCACCAACGGGCUUCCAACUGGUUGGAUGGCGGUUCCAGGAUGAGCAGACGCUAAUGGCUACUGAGGUUAUCGCAGACACAUUGAAGGCCUGA